CGAGACCGGAACGCCCGCGGUGGGGGCGGGAGCGAAGCGGAGGGGGAGCGGCGGGGAGCGCGCGGGACGCGGCCCGAGGCCGGGCGCGAGCCGGGGCACCGGGCGGCGGCGGCGGCGCGCGCCAUGUCGUUCAGUGAAAUGAACCGCAGGACGCUGGCGUUCCGAGGAGGCGGGUUGGUCACCGCCAGCAGCGGCGGCGGCUCCACGAACAAUAACGUUGGCGGGGAGGCCUCGGCUUGGCCCCAGCAGCCCCAGCCAAGACAGCCCCCGCCGCCAGCGCCGCAGCCGCUCAAUGGGCGGGGGGCCGACGAGGAAGUGGAAUUGGAGGGCCUGGAGCCCCAAGACCUGGAGGCCUCCUCCGGGGCUGCCGCCGCCGCCGAGGAAACCAAGGAGUUGCUGCUCCCCCAAGACGCGGGCGGCCCCACCUCGCUGGGCGGCGGUGGCGCCGGGGGCCCCCUGCUAGCGGAAAGGAACCGUCGGACUCUGGCCUUUCGAGGCGGCGGCGGCGGCGGGGGGCUCGGCAACAAUGGCAGUAGCCGCGGCCGCCCCGAGACCUCGGCGUGGCCCCUGAGGCAUUUCAAUGGGCGAGGGCCGGCGGCCGUGGAACUGGAGCUGGACGCGCUGGAGGGGAAGGAGUUGAUGCCGGACGGCGCGUCCCUGAGCGACAGCACCGAGGACGAAGAGGAGGGGGCGAGCCUGGGCGACGGCAGCGGGGCGGAAGGAGGCAGCUGCAGCAGCAGCAGGCGGUCGGGCGGCGAUGGCGGGGACGAAGCGGAGGGCAGCGGUGUGGGAGCUGGAGAAGGAGAGACUGUCCAGCACUUCCCGCUCGCGCGGCCCAAGUCCCUAAUGCAGAAGCUCCACUGCUCCUUCCAAACCUCCUGGCUCAAAGAUUUUCCCUGGCUGCGCUAUUCCAAGGAUACUGGCCUUAUGUCUUGCGGCUGGUGCCAAAAGCCCCCCGAGGACGGAGGAAGCGGGGAUCUGCCCGCAGUGGGGCACGACGAGCUUUCGCGAGGGACCCGCAACUACAAGAAAACCCUCCUCCUGAGGCACCACGUCUCUACCGAGCACAAACUCCACGAAGCCAACGCCCAGGAGUCAGAAAUACCAUCAGAGGAGGGGUACUGUGACUUUAAUAGUAGGCCAAAUGAGAACUCGUAUUGCUAUCAACUUCUUCGACAACUAAAUGAACAGAGGAAGAAAGGUAUUCUUUGUGAUGUCAGCAUUGUGGUGAGCGGAAAAAUCUUUAAAGCUCAUAAGAACAUCCUGGUUGCAGGCAGCCGUUUCUUUAAGACUUUAUAUUGCUUUUCAAACAAAGAAAGCCCUAACCAAAACAAUACUACCCAUUUAGAUAUUGCUGCAGUUCAAGGUUUUUCAGUCAUCUUGGACUUCUUAUAUUCUGGUAACCUGGUGCUCACAAGCCAAAAUGCCAUUGAAGUAAUGACAGUGGCCAGCUAUCUUCAAAUGAGUGAAGUUGUUCAAACUUGCCGAAAUUUCAUUAAAGAUGCCUUAAAUAUAAGCAUUAAAUCAGAAGCUCCAGAGUCUGUAGUUGUGGACUAUAAUAAUAGAAAACCAGUUAACAGAGAUGGCCUGUCUUCAUCACGGGAUCAAAAAAUUGCCAGUUUUUGGGCAACACGAAAUCUUACCAAUUUGGCAAGCAACGUAAAAAUUGAAAAUGAUGGUUGUAAUGUCGACGAGGGCCAAAUAGAAAACUACCAAAUGAAUGACAGUAGUUGGGUCCAGGAUGGUUCACCUGAAUUGACAGAAAAUGAGUCUCAAGGUCAAACAAAAGUGUUUAUUUGGAAUAAUAUGGGCUCCCAGGGGAUUCAAGAGACUGGCAAAACAAGGAGAAAAACCCAAGCUACAAAGAGAUUUGUUUAUAAUAUACCACCUAAUAAUGAAACAAAUCUAGAAGAUUGCUCGGUGAUGCAGCCACCUGUUGCCUAUCAAGAGGAAGAUUUGUCAUUCAUCAAGGAAGAACCAGAUCUGGAUGGUGCUCUACUCUCAGGGCCAGAUUGUGAUAGGAAUGUCAGUGCAAAUUUAUUGACUGAAGCCAGCUCUGGUCAAGAAGGAGGUGAUGCUGGUCCUUCACAUGAUUUCAAGUAUGGCCUGAUGCCUGGCCCUUCUAGCGAUUUCAAGUAUGGAUUGAUACCAGGUACUUCAAACGAUUACAAGUAUGGAUUGAUACCAGGUGCUUCUAACGAUUUCAAGUAUGGAUUAUUGCCUGAAUCUUGGCCAAAACAAGAAACUUGGGAAAAUGGUGAAUCAUCUCUAAUCAUGAACAAGUUAAAAUGCCCUCAUUGUAGCUAUGUAGCCAAAUACAGACGAACACUAAAAAGGCAUUUGCUCAUUCAUACGGGAGUCAGAUCAUUUAGCUGUGAUAUUUGUGGAAAACUGUUUACUCGAAGAGAACAUGUAAAAAGACAUUCCCUGGUGCAUAAAAAGGAUAAAAAGUACAAAUGUAUGGUGUGUAAGAAGAUCUUCAUGUUAGCGGCCAGUGUUGGAAUAAGACAUGGAUCUCGGCGCUAUGGUGUUUGUGUAGACUGUGCAGAUAAAUCACAACCAGGAGGACAAGAAGGUGUAGAUCAGGGACAGGAUACAGAUUUCCCUCGGGAUGAAGAAUAUGAGGGGAAUGGUGGAGGAGAAGCUGAUGAAGAGCUGGUUGAUGAUGGAGAAGAUCAGAAUGAUGCAUCUCGAUGGGAUGAAUCAGGAGAUGUUUGUAUGUCUCUUGAUGACUAACUGACCUACUAUACUCCUCAAGGAUGCUGCAUUUGGACAUAAUAUGAAUCAACAAUUUGGAUUGUUGAACUUGAAGGCUUGCAAAAUAUGGUACAUGCUGGAUGGUAGUUACAUUGCUGUGAAAACUGUAGGGUCAAAGCCUUAUAGCAAAAAAAAAAGAAUUUUUUUUUAUAUUUGCACAGGACUGUACAGCAAACAACCUUGUGGUUGAAUUACAUGGAGUUCACACAUCUUCAGUCAGUUAUCAAAGUAAAAAUAUUUUUUAUUUAUAGGAUAUACAGUAAGUAUUUGGAUCCUCUGAAAAUAUAAUACCUGUUCUUAAAAAGCUUACAUUCAUGUGCCACUUUAACAUGAAUGAAGAAAAUUCGUUUAUUAAGAGUACAGUGACAGCUGACCUAAUUACUCUGUCCAUCAAACCACUCAGGCUAGUUUGUACUAGUAGAGUUUUGUUUCUAUUUUUAUUUUUAUUAAUUUUAUUUUUUUUAAUACAGAUUUUCAGUGAGGGGCCUUUUUAACCCCAUUGGUUCUACUUUUCUGUAUUUUUCACUUUAUUUUGCUUCAUAACUUAAACCAAGUCUCUUCUAGUCUUAGGUAUUAUUUCUCAAUUUUGUGCUGAUGGGCAUGUUUAUAAGAACUGGAGAGGUAAUUUAUUGGAAUGAACUAACUGACUUCCUCCAUUCCCCCUUUCCUUUCUGACAUGAAUUUUACUACUUUAUAAAUGAAGAAUGAUGUUGCAAAGUACCGUGGUGAGGUUGACAAAUACCACUAAAAUGAUUAUGAUUUAAAAGUAACUUUCUCCUGCUGCUCUAAUCUGAUAAAUGGUUACUAUAUGACGUUUUCUGACAAGGCAUUUGGUUUUGGGUAUCUGUUACUUUGGCACUACUCUUGUUUGCUUCUUUUUAUUUUUGCCAGUGUACUAUACCUCAGUCCUAUUUGAAAAGACAGAAGUCUAAUUGAAAGAAAAGUCAUAGAAAUAAUAAGUAAAAUGAUUUGUUUUAUAAUUUAUCCUCCAUGUCCAGUUUGGUUAGCUUGUUAUGCAAUAUAAGUGAAAUAUCAGGUUUUUACUCCUGUGCCCUUUUAUCAUUAAAAUUAACACAAAAAGCGCAUUCUCUUUUGUUUCAUACUUACGGGGUAUUCAGGGUUUGAAAUUAUGAUAGAUAAUUUAUUUUUCAAUUCCUUGAAAUCACUACAUCUUGAUAUAUAGUCUUUUUAGUAGUCACCAUGAUUCAACAAUCUGCAAAAGUCUUACAAAUAAAAUAUUGCGAGGCUUACAAUUUAUUAUUCUGUUCACUAAAUUCUUCAGGAUACAAGGGAUGAUGUAUUAAGUUGAAAUUGCCAGAUUUAUUUAGUCUGACAGAUGAAUUAACUGACUCACAGCAGCAUUUCACAUAAUUGAUAUUAAUAUGCACAAUGUUUAUCAGGAACAUACUGUAUAUUAUAUAAGAUUGAGGGAUAUCAUAUUUUCAGCUUUCUUUUAAAUAGAAAUUGAGUAUAUUUUCCUAUUUUAUAUCAGGUAACUAAAUUAUGCUAGUCAUGUGGAAAAAAUUGCAAAGUACACUUUGACAGACAUAAUCCUUUUGGUGCUCCAUCUGAUCAAAGUUGAAAAGACUGGGUUUUUUAAGAGACAGGCUUUCUUACUGUCUCUGAUUUCAGUAGAAAGAUGGUUUAACAUUAGACAUUGAUGCUUCUGCUUGGAUAUAUCAAAGAUAGGGUACAGUUACAUGGUGAGAUGCAUCAUUUGUCACCUAAACUUUAUCAUACUUUCUAUAAAACUGAAAAACUGACAUGAACAGUUUUGGUUUGGUUUUUGUUUAAGACUGAAGAGUACAUCUUUUUCUCAGUGUUCUAGACAAAUGAGUAAAAUGUAAUUCUGGUGGGGUCCAAAGUAGACAUUAGUUGGGCAAAGAUACUAUGAAUGGAAAAGUAUUUUAAACGUAAAAUGUUCUGCUUUGUGAAUAUGUAAGUAUAGUAUAAAGAUUUCUUUCAUCCCAUUUAUCCCUCUCCUUUAAAAUAAACCAUAGUUUACAAUUGGUAGAUCUGUCUAUAUAUAAAUAUAUAUUAAAGAGAAAAGAUAUAUAUCUGAAAAUCACCUAAAUCUGCUUUAUUAGACUACAGUUCACUUAUUGCAUAGAAACUGGACUUGGCUUUACAUUCUUAAUGUACUUUUACUUUUCCUUAAGAUAUGAACUUACUCUCUUUAAACUGAAUUUUCUUUACUACUUAAAUUGUUUAUGUAUAUCUGGUAAAUUAUGACCAAAUUUUUGUUAGAUUGCAUACAGUAAAUUGAAAAUACACACUUGGUACACUA